GGCUCGGGCAACGCCCAACUCAACUUGCGCAGAAGAGACAGUAUCCGACCUGAUCUCAACCAAAAAUAUGCGGCCUUGUGCUCAUCGCAAGUCCCGUGCACUAGUCUCCUUUUCGGGGAUGACUUAGUUCAGUCAUGCAAAACUAUAGUGGAGACAAACAAAAUAAGUUCACAGAUGUUUGUAAAUGACCCCAAACGUCGUAAUACUAGACAGUUUUCAGGCCGUGGAUCAUCCCACCGUGCGGGGGACUUUCGCUCACGGGGUUUCCCGAAACAGCAUUACGGCAGCCACCAGAGGGCACCUUAUUACCCGAGAGGCCGAGGCUACUAUCGUCGAGCACAGAGUCAGGGCCAGGGUUAUUACCGUUCCGGCGGCAGCAGCGGUCAUGGCAGUGGCAAUUACCACCAAACCCCAAGCCAAUCCACCAGCACCGGGGCCUCGACAGCCAAGAAAACGGUGACCUAGCGGCACCAUUACAGUUGGUAAGGUAUUGCAGAAAAUCGAGGUAGACGGAGCCAUGGGAAUACUUAUAUUCCCAUUAUGGCAAACCCAACAUUGGUUUCCCAGAAUGCUGCGCCUGUUGAUAGCUACGCCAGUAACACUACCAAAGACAUACGGGUUGUUGAGACUACCACACGAUCCACACAGUCGCCAUCCACUAGAGGGCCGAAUGACAAUGUGUGCUUCACUCUUAUCCAGCAGUCGCUCCGAUCAAGAGGAUUUUCGAAGGAAACUAUUGACAUUAUCCUCCAAUCAUGGAGACCGAGUACCAAGAAGCAAUAUGCAUCAUCCAUCGAAAAAUGGCUACGUUUCUGCACUAAACGGGCUGUCGAUCCAGUUCAUGCGACUGUAACCGUGGCAAUGGAGUUUCUCACCAAGUUAGUUCACUCUGGGGCAAAAUACAGCACUGUUAAUACAGCACGGUGUGCAUUGUCGUCACUGCUUUGGUCAACGUCUGACAAUAAAACACAGUUUGGUAGCCAUCCUUUGGUUAUUCGUUUUAUGCGAGGACUAUUUAAUUUAAAACCUCAGUACCCUCGUUAUUCACAUACAUGGGAUGUUGGUAUUUUACUUCGAUAUGUUAGUAAGAUGGAACCAUUACAGUCUAUUGCAUUGAAACAAUUGACUUACAAACUGAUUUGCUUAUGUGCACUUACCACUGCACAGCGGGCUCAGACAUUGAGCCUAUUCGACAUAUCUAACAUGAAGGUUAGAAACAAACAAGUUUGUAUUAAAAUAACUGAUUUGAUUAAAACAUUUAAACCGGGCAAACCUCAACCACAAGUUAUAUUGUCAGCAUACCCGCAUGAUAAAAGUGUAUGUGUUAUGCGAACCCUCUUAGAGUAUCUGAAAAGGACAAGAAGUUUUAGGGGCUCCAAGUCAAAAUUAUUUUUAAGUUAUACAGUGCCGCAUAAGGAGAUAGGCACUGCCACUGUUUCCCGUUGGUUAAAACAGUCAUUAACUGAGGCGGGCGUAGAUGUGUCCGAGUUCAAAGCACAUAGUUUUAGAACUGCCUCAACCUCGGCAGCCGCCAAUAAAGGUGUACCAAUUAACUUAAUUUUGCAGACGGCAGGUUGGGCAAGUUCAACAACCUUCGCCAAGUUUUAUAACAGAAGUGACAGUAUUUUAUGCUCAGAAGGAGCACAAAGUCAGUUUUCUCAGGCAAUCUUAAGUCAAAAAUGAUUAGCCGAGCAUAUGUUGUGUAAUAAAAAUGAAAUGGGUCAAGGAAAGUUUUAUUCCAUUAAAUAGCACGGUAAAGUGCUGAUUCGACUCAUGAAACAAGUGCCAGUUUAAAUAUGGAUUUAUACUGAACAUCGUCAAGAGACAAAGAUAGUCUUGAUUUGUUUAUAAUGAAGUGAAUACUACUUUAGUCAAAAGACAAAUUAGUCUUGAUUUUGUUUAAAAUGAGAAUUAUACUGUGUUCGGUUGUCAGAGGACAAACUAGAAUUUAACUUUGUUUAUUAUACCGUGUAUUGCCAAGAGACAAUUUAGUCUUGGCGUAAAAGUGUGUAUAAUGAGAUUUAUACUGUAUGCAAAGUCAUGUACUUUUGUCAAGAGACAAAUUGUUUCGAAGUUAUUAAUAAUGAUGAGCUAGAAUAAGCUCUAGAAGUAGAAUGCAAAAAUAAAAUCUAAUAUAUCCGAUAAGGAGUACUGCAAAA